AUGAUCCACUACAAUCCCAACAAAUGGUCUUCUAUGUUCGGGGUGCGUGGCAGCGUGCUGCCAGUGUCUAUCAGGAUAUCGCUUCCAUGGGCACUCGUCGCAUUGAUGAUCAAGUACUUAGAGCUUUGGGGCGUGAUCGACUUGAAGGUCCUAGACUUUCUCAACACCGGAGAGAUUUAUGGUGGUUUCACCUUCGUCCUGGGGUUCACAUUGGUCUUCCGGACAUCCCAGUCCUACACUCGGUACUGGGCGGCUGCGACGGCAGUUCAUGAGAUGGGUUCCGAGUGGUCGGAUUCCUGCGCUAGCCUACUGGCAUUUUGCAGCUGCUCGAAAGCUCGUCCCGAGGAGAUUCAGCGCUACAUGCACCUGACGGUACGGCUCUUCAGUGUCCUGCAUGCGAUGGCCAUGGAGGAGAUUGCAGAGCUGAAGCACGAGAACUUUCGUGUGAUUGACUGUCUGGGGCUAGACAGGGCCGCUCGGUGA